AAAACAUUAUUUUGAAACAUAAGCUUUUGUGUACUAGAAGCAACUUGUAAAAUGAAAAUUAGUGCAGUUUUUUUAGUUUUUGCCUGUACGGCCGCGUUUGGUCACAAGGUGCAACUGAGAGAUGGUAUUGUGCCGCAGAAAUUGGCACCUAUCCUGGUUUCUCAAGAAAUACUGCCCGAAAUAUCAUGGGAGCACAUUAGAGAUAUUGUCCUGACCAAAGGAGACCUGAAAGCAGGAUUUGUUCAAGCAGAUGUUACAGAAUAUGUUCUUGAGAUUAUGACCAAUCUUCAAGAAGUUAUUGUGAGGCAGGGUUAUGAUCCUUUGGAAUUAUCCGAUGAGACAAUAAAAUUGUUUCCUGGAAGUGUCACUUUAAAAAAUGGAUGGUUGUCAGAUGCCUCAACAAUUACUGUAUCUGACUCAGUUAUUGCUAGGUAUACUAUCUCUACUAAAGUUUUGGAUGUUGUGCUACCAAUAUCCUUCAAUUGUCUUCUGAUUACUUAUGAUUAUGUUACAAAAAUCAUUCUUUUACGUAUCCAUGGAGACGUAGAAGCUGAAAUUAAACACUUCAAGUUAGAUCUUGAGUUAGGAUUCAAUUUCUCUAGCUACCACGCUUUUGCCAGUAAGGCUAAUGUGAAAGAUAGCGGGUCAAUUGCUUUCAAAUUCACUGGACUAGGACUUUUAGAUUGGGUUAUAAAUCUGUUGAUUGGAGUAUUCACUACUCUUUUUCGUGGAAUAAUUUUAAGUGUAAUCAACCUUAUUAUUGAAUCCCCAGUUCAGUCUAUUGUAAGCGCUAUCAAUAAUGCAAUAGAUCAACUUCUUCAAAAUAAUUCAACUGCAUCUGUCACAUAUUAGGAAAUUGUGUUUUACAUUUUCAAAUAUUAAUUUCCUAUCUAUUAGAGUUUUAUUUGAAAGUUUAAUUGAAAGCUUUUUACUUCAACGAAACUAUCUUCCAAUCGAGUUAGACCUGCUUUUCUGAGUACCUACCAAGAGUUUAGAUCGAUGAAACCAAAUCCAAUAAUACAAUAAAUAAUUAUUAUAUUAUAUUAUAAAUAUUAAUAUAUUAUAUUGAAGAAUAUUUUUUUUAGACAUUUAUAAUUUGAGUUUUUUUUUGGUAAAGUUUAUAGUCAGGUACUGA